CAUAUACAAGUAUCAAGUAUGACUUUGAUCUAGUUACAGAUGGUGAAUAUUGAGAAUGGAAGCUCUUGUUUUGAUCAAACGCCUGAAGAGGCAUUCGACUCCUUCCUCGAGGUCUUGAAUGCAUGGCUGCAAGUUCUUGAGAUGAACUUGAACCUCUUCACUAGAUUUGUUCAUCUUCAAGGCGGCAUCCACAUCUGAGAAUUCAUUCUCGCUUGCUACUGCUGCAACCUUUUUAAGUUUGGAAACUAGUGACCAGCUGGUUGGCUUGAAAGUUGAUUGAGAAAUGAACGAAAGCAAGCACUGCAAAGCCUCAACAACAGCAGAUUCAGCUUCCUUCAACAUGGAGAUGGCCUCGAUGUUGUUGGAUGAGGUAUCUUCUGGUUUCUCCUUGCA